AUGUCCAACGCCAGUUCACCUGUGGACGAGGCGCACGUGCCCGAUACACCAAGUGCCACUUUUGACGUCGUCAAAUUACCGUUCUUGGCCAUCUCGUCAGUGCCGCUGGCGUUCAUCCCGACCCUGACAAUAUUCACACUGCCCAGAACUUUCCUGUUCCGUUUUCCGCCGCAGACGGAAGAAGCUUUGUUGGGCUAUGCUCUGCUUCCUUCCUCGGCGAGCACUACCACUGAAUACGCUCGAGACGUCUUCGCCCAGCCUCACACUGCACGCCAGAUUGCGGGCUCCCGGCUCACCGAGUCUCAGGCCGCGCAGAUCCCGUACGACAGCCGACAUCGGGACGUUCGAUUUGCUCCUGGCUCCGUUGCCCGCGUCAGCUUGUCUGAAGAGCUGUUGCAGCGCUACACAGGGCACCACACGGUCGUCGUGCAAGUGUCCCGGCUGAAGCCUUACUUUGCCCUUCCGUGCGAGGGCAACCGGCGGGACAAGGUGCGCAAGUACCUGCGCUCGUCCCUCAAGAAGCUGCAGAUGCCGUUCGUCGACCUGUACCUGGUCCACUUCCCGGUGUACGAGCGCGCAUUCAAGAAGAGCCACCGCCACCACGACGCGCAGCGACAGCGCAGCGACCUGCCGCCCGUCCUUGACGCCUCGCCCGACAGUCCCACGUCGGAGGAAGAGUCGGCGACGGCGGUAGACGAGACCGACAUCCUCGACACGUGGAGGGGCAUGGAAGACGCGGCCAACAUGGGAAUGACGCGGUCAAUCGGCCUGUGCAACUUCAACAAGGAACAGGUGACCAGGAUUCUCACAAUGGCGACGAUAAGGCCGGCUGCACUGCAGGUGGAGUGCCACGCGUACCUGAACCAGGACGACCUGCUGCAAUUUUGCAAGGAGCACAGUAUCUGCCUCACUGCUUACGCGCCAUUGGGCAGCCCCAGGGCAGCGCGCCACGGCGCGGCCGCCUCCUGCAAGGAGGAAAAGCCUCGCGAAGAGCAAAAUCAUUCCGACCUCAUGCAACACGAAUUGCUGAGGAAGAUAGCGGACACCUACAAGAAGACGCCGGCGCAGAUCCUAAUCCGGUGGCUGCUGCAGCGCGGAGUUGUGGCCUUGCCCAGGGCCACGUGUCCGGGUCACAUCCAAGAAAACAUUCAGGUGUUCGACUUCGAGCUCUCGGAGGCUGACGUCAAAAUACUCACAGGACUCAACAGGAACAUGCGCUUGUACACGUACAACAUUUACGGAUUGCCAAACAGAGCAGAGUACCCUUUCAAGUGAAUCGCCGCUCCUCGAUAGUUCGCAAGAAGUGGUCUGUACAUCGUCCUCCUAUCACCCACCUCCCAAAUAAAAGAUAAUCGUCACACAUUGUUGUAAUAAAAAGAAGCUCGUCUGAGUUGUCGAGUAAA